GUCUGAACCCAGGAAUCUCUCUGAGCAAGUCUGCACACUACCGAACGGCAGUUCCCUUGCGCUGGGCUGCCAGGGCUCCCACAGGCUUACUCCCUCAGCUGCCCUCCGCGAUCUGGGAGCGGUCCAGAUCCAUAAGAGUUCCUUUUGGUCUUCAUUGACCCUCACUGAGCAGCAUUUAGAAAUGGGGGACUCCUCAGGUCUGAUGGUGGACUGUUGGCUGUAGUUGCAUUUUCGGUCUUUCUUUACUAAAGGGAUAAAGGAAAAAGAAGGAAAGGAACCCCGAGGAAGCCGAGAGAACUGAUUUUGUCAGUGGAGGGCAAGACGAAUCAAAGCGCUAUAAUUAUUAAGUGGCUUGAGAUCCUUUUACAGUCUGUCCAAUGGCUUAGAUAAAUCAGAUUCUGAAAGCAGAAUGUGACUUGACAGAGGUUCUCUAGUCUGGGAUGGAAUAAAGGAAGUCUUGGGAUUGGUAUUAUCUGACUCUCUACCCCUACGCUCCUUCACCACUACCUAGGACUCCUCCCCACCCCCUGUAGAGGAGAGUAUUUUGGCAGCUUCUGCGCUGGGGGCGGAGGGGAAUCAGCCCUGGCUUGGAAACCGCAACUUAGCGGGGAGACUGUGAAAAUAAUGGACGAGGGGUUUUCGUCUCCUUGCUCCCAGAACAACUUUAAAGGGCCUUCGUGCCUCCAUCAUCUAGGAACCUCUGGUCACCAAUCAGUGGGUACGGUAAAGCAGAAUCCAGCUGCGGUAGCGUGUUAGAGCAGACGCCUCUCCUCGCUCGUUGAUAACCGGGAACUUCUGUACCAUGUCAUACCCUCAGUUUGGAUACCCUUACUCUUCUGCACCACAGUUCCUGAUGACCACUAAUUCCUUGACUACUUGCUGUGAGUCCAACGGUCGGACGUUAGCAGACUCGGGGGCAGCCGGCUCAGCUCAGACCCCAGUCUAUUGUCCUGUAUACGAAAGCAGGCUGCUGGCCACAGCGAGGCACGAGCUCAAUUCCGCAGCUGCCUUGGGAAUGUAUGGAAACCCUUACACCGGCACCCAGGGCUACGGAAACUACGUUACCUACGGCACUGAAGCGUCUGCCUUCUAUUCUUUGAAUAGUUUCGACUCAAAAGAUGGGACAGGAUCUGCGCAUGCGGGCAUCACCCAGGCUGCAGCCGCUUACUAUCCUUAUGACCACACGCUCAGCCAGUAUCAAUAUGACAGGUACGGUACCAUGGAUGGUGGAACAAGGAGAAAAAAUGCUACCAGGGAAACCACAAGUACCUUGAAGGCCUGGCUUCAGGAGCACCGAAAGAACCCUUAUCCCACAAAGGGUGAGAAGAUCAUGCUGGCUAUCAUCACUAAGAUGACCCUCACCCAGGUCUCCACUUGGUUUGCCAAUGCCCGAAGGAGACUCAAGAAGGAGAAUAAGAUGACUUGGCCACCUCGAAACAAAUGUUCAGAUGAGAAGAGGCCCUAUGAGGAGGAAGAAGAGGGAGAGGAAGAAUCCCAGGAAGAACAUAUCAAAAAUGAAAAGAAUGAUGAACGCGUUCGAAAGGAGGAGAAGGAACUCGAACUAAGUGACUUAGAUGAUUUCGACCCCAUAGAAUCGGAGAGCUCAGAGUGCGAACUGAAGCCGGCUUUCCAGCACCUGGACAGCGGUCACAUGCGGGCUACUUCUGGAAGCGUAGAUUGCCCAGGAGACCUUUGUAAAGAGUCUGCCACCUCUCUCAAAAUGUCGGUCCCUGGAGGCGUCCAGUUGGAGGAAGAUAUGGAGCGAGCCAAAAACUGUCUCAAAAGCGUAGUGGAUGAGUGUGAGCAAGAUCUAGUAGUGGGAGGGCGACAGAGGGGCUGCGAUUCUAAAAUGUGCUUUCAGCAGCCGGGGGAGUCCCAGAUACUGGAGGCCAAGCCCCGUAUCUGGUCCCUCGCUCACACAGCCACUUCUCUUAACCAGACUGAGUACCCAUCCUGCAUGUUGAAGCGCCAAGGACUCUCCACUUCUUCCUCAUCUGCCUCCUCUUCUUCCUCCAUUGCAGUCUCGGCUCCCAGCGGCCUCGAAAGGCACCAAGAUUCCCCUGUCACCAGUCUCAGAAACUGGGUGGAUGGAGUCUUUCACGACCCCAUAUUCAGGCACAGUACUUUGAAUCAGGCCUUGAGUAACACCACAGUGUCCUGGGCUACCACCAAAGGAGCAAUACUGGAAACGGGAGCCCUAGGACGCUCUCUGGGGAACAGCACGGACAUGCUAAAGGGACAUCUGGCAAACUUCCCCCCACACCACCACCACCACCACGACUCCAACAAGGAGCUCCUCUCCUUUCCCAAAUCUGGCAGCAAAAUGUUCUGUUCUUAACAGCCCCGCCCCAACUGGGGCCCAGAACGUUCUUAUCCUAGGCAGAAGUGGACACAAACUUGAAAGGAGAGUGGGGGAGGGGGGUAAUAGGGCGGGGAAGAGCUUAAGUUUGAAGAAUAAACUUUUUUUUUUCUACAAAUAAAUAAAUAAAUAAAAAUAAGGCUAACACAAAUCAAGAAGCAAGUAAACCAACCAUGUCAAACCAAGUAAUCCAAAAUAGACGAUUUAAAAGUCUGUUUUGCUUAGGCUUAUCGGAGAGACUAUUUUCAUUCCGUCUUGAGAAGAGUUUCCCUUGCCUACAACUUUGAAAAGAAUCAGUGCCGGGAUCCUUAUUUAACUUCAUGUCUAAAGAAAAAAAGAAGGGGGAAAACGCGUGCUAUAUUUUAGGAGUACUUAACAAACAGAAAGUUUACAUCCAAAGGUUUACAUUGAGGCAAUGUUUCAAUACCGUUUCAACCGUGAGUUUUACAUUUCAGGCAUGCCAAUAUUAGUUAUAAAGACUUUUCAGACUUUACCCUUCUGAUUUCAUUGUUAACAUAUAAUUCUCACAAACAGCACUUCUCCCAGGUUUACACUAUUGCACAAACUUAACCUUGCAAAUAAGAUGUUUUGAAGAGGUAUGUUCACAUCAAUGGAUUGUCUGUUUCAGAGGUUUAAAAUAAUAAUACUAAUAAAACAGAGUGAUGGUGUUUUGCAUUGCCCUAUGACUAAAUUCCAAAUUUAGAAUUUAUACUGGUAAAUGCUCCAAUGGUAAUUUCUGAGAUGCUAUCAAUCUCAAAACAUAGAAGUGGGGAAGAGAAGAGAGAUAGAUAUUUACUGAUUCUUCAUAAUCAGUAAAGUAGCCUGUACUAAUUUAAGAUUUAUAUUUAAACAAAGACUAGGUAAUCACCUGCAUUUUGUUGUUGUUUGUUUGUUUGUUUUGAGGAGGGGAGGAGGAACUCAGGACCAUUACACUUUCUAAAAAUCUUUUCAAACAGAACAUUCUGGAACCCAAGAGAAAUUGGAUUUCUUUACCCCAUGAGCAUACCAAUAGUUUAACCCCUGAAGUUCCCCAUUGGCUAUUUGAUAGCUAAGAGAGGAACAGACCCCCUCUUAGUGGAUCUUCCCAGCUGGAAAGAACUCAGUUCCAUCCAUCACCACUGUUUGAUGACUGACAGCUUCUCACCCCCCCCCCCACCUUCACCUCCAAAGGGAAAACAAACUGUUCAGUUAGUCAUAUGUCCAUCCUUUAAAAAUCAAUCCAAAUUCUGUGCACUAAAUUUGAAGCAUUAAAUGAGUAGGGGAAAGGGUGGUUGCAGUUAAAGACUUUAGAAAGGAGGGAGGAGAACGUGGGUCUUAGGCCUUGGAAGUCUUGGAAGGGUGCAGGAUAGGAGAAUCUCCUAGCAAAGAAAGGAUUGGGGUGAGGAAAGUGCAAGUGUAUCUCUCCAGUCCCAACAUCAGCAGAAGCUCCCGAAGUAGUGCAAAGUCAUUGUUUCACAUAGAAAACGUGGUGUUGAUUUUUUUUCCUCUCCUUUUCUCAACCGACUGUUUGAGCUUGGAGCUCUUCUAGUAACGUGGAGAGGUGGAGAGCCGCUAACUCCACAUGAAUAUUUCAGCAUUUCAGGACAGAUGCUUUGCGGGUUUUGACAUUAAAUAGAGAAGAAGG